AUGUCCCCGAGGACAAAACGUCUCAUCCUCUGCUGCGACGGCAGCUUCACCCCGCAGCCUGCUUCCCACUCUCGUUCCUUUGCUCACGCGGCUCACACGGCAUCAAAUGUCGCCCGCUUCUCUCGCAUGCUCGCUCGUCACGGCGCCGACGACGUUCCGCAAAUAGUCUUCUACCUUUCCGGCCUCGCAUCCACCCUUGAGCAGGACGGCACCGCCGCGUACCUCUUCCUUGCUGCGAACUAUGCUGCUGGUGAUGAGAUCGCCGUGUUCGGUGGCGGCAGGGGCGCGUCGGCGGCGAGGCUUGUGGCCGGGUUGGUUACAGAAGUGGGGUUGCUGAAGCCGGGGGAGGUGGGGAGGUGGGGCCGCCUGUCGGAGUUGUAUACGGAGAGGGUGGGAUGGGGGCGCGGUGAAGGGGCGGCGGAAGAAGGAGGAGGGGCCGAGGGUUUUUGGAAGGGUUUGCUGGCGCAUAGGAGUAGAUGGGAACUGGAUGAAAUCGAGGGGCUGAGAAAUGCAAUGUGGGCGGACGUCGGUAACUUGGAGUAUCCGGAUGGCUUCCCGAGCGGAAAGGAUGUGAAGUGUCAGUGGCAAGACACGGCGUUACACUCGCGCAUCGACCACGCUUUUCAAGCCUUGGCCCUCGACGAAAAUCGCGCCGCCUUUGACCCCUCACUGUGGCGCUUGAACCCAAGGGAGCCCUCGGAGACGCACUGCGCUCCGAACCUCAAACAAUGCUGGUUCCCUGGCUUCCAUGAGACCGUCGGCGGCGGUGCGACCGAUACCGCAGACGCGAAAGACCGGACCGACAUCGCAGACAUCACGCUGGCUUGGAUGUGCGACCAAGUCGAUGGUCUGCUCGACUUCGAUGACGACGCGGUGGCCGAGUUCCUGGGCGCUGAGCAGUCGACCACCCAUCAGAAACAGUCCGAGCGCCAGAGCGUCCGCAGGCGCAGUCACCCGACUGUCCGGCCUGGAAUGCCCACGAGCACUGCCGGAGGCGGCUUGAUGUAUACGUUGCUGACCGCUGUGCUCAACCGCCUCCUGGUUGCAAUCAGCUUUUUGCAGCGGGAGGGAGACGGCGCUGAAGGAGGGCAUACCGAGCGCUAUUCCAUACGCACGCCCGGCCAAUAUCACAAGAACCUGGAAUUUGCGGAGGGCGUCCACCCUGACGAUUUCGCCACGAACGAGUCCAUCCACCCGUCAGUUAAGCACCGAAAAGACUUGUUCGCGCUCGCAAGCACCCCGUAUGACGCCGCAUCGCUGCGGGAGUGGGCGGUUGGCGACGCUGUCGAUGAGAUCGAGGGGAAGAAUCAUAACGGUGCUGACGGGAAGAGGGAGGCUGAUACCGCUGCCAUGCCCGGCUGGUUCCCUUGGCUAAGUGUUUUCUCAAGCCCGGAAGACGACGAGUACGAGGGUGAUAACGGAGAGGUUGGCACUGCCGGAGAAGAGGAAGAAGAAGCUGAGGGCCGCAGUGCCAACAUGAUCAACACUGCGGCGGAGACGGUCCGGGCUGCGGCUGGCCCUCGGAGGAAGCCGCACCCACGAUGGGGGUACCGCGAGAUCGAGGGAGAGGGUGACGGUGCCGAGUGGAUCAGGCCGAGCGUGCCGCGGUCUGAGCUGUUCGGCUCUCCGCGGCGUUCCUCUUCUACACCUUGCCCAUCCUCCACUUUCCCCUCCCCUUCCGAGAAGGCACUGAAACACGGAGUCCCGACCCUUGUCCCGGCAUACCUCCGUCGAAGUCGUGGGCCGCUGUCAUCGUCCUUACGUCUUGUCUUCUUCGCCGUGUUCUGGCCCUGGUUUUUCCUCUACCAUACCUUCUCCUUCUUCUUUCUUCCCCUCUUCCUCGUCCAUCCGAAGGCUCGUGGCAAACUUCAUCGAAAUCAUCGUGGAGAGGAGAAGAGGAAAAUGUCGGCAACGAACAACAGGACGGCCCUGCAGUGGCACCACGAGCGUCAGAUCGCCCUUCCCGAAUGGGUCAUCCGAGAGGUGCCGGGUCGUCGCAAUUUCGAAGCCCAGUUGUUACCGUGGCUGGUCCGCGAGCAGCUCAACCACCGGAACGCGAAGAGGCUGGACUGGAGGGGCGAGGAUGUUUGUUGGGCAAGGUCGACGUUUGGAACCGUGAUUGAGGAGGAGGUUGAAGGGGCUGAGGCUGGGGCUGGGCCUGAGGCUGGGCCUGAGGUGGUGAAGAGAGGCGAUGGUGCAAGAAGCGGUGGUGGCGGCGAUGUCGAGGUGGCGCCAGAUAAAGUGACGCCGGUGGUAAAGCGGAAGGGCCCGCUGCAUGUCAGGAAAGGCUCGACGGCUGAGGUCCUAGUGACUGGAAAUUCUGGUGCUGGUUCUGGGGAGAGAAGGCAGAGCCAAACGGCCGUAGGCGGUGGUUGGAGAAGCGGUGGCGGGUUGAAGGUUUUGGCGCAGCAGCCGGAGAGGAGGUCGUCGAUCAAGAGAGAUAGGGAGAGUCCGAUAGGGUUCUCGCCUGGGCAUAAGAAGACUCAGUCUCAGACGAGCGUGAGCUGGCGGUAG